AUGUUUUACUCCAGCUUAAGACAUAAGCUGAAGACUUCGAUACAAAAUUCACGUCUACCUCAUAAAUGUACAAUACGAGUUCCUUAUAGAACUACCCAUAACCUUUAUCAAGGAAAAUGGGAGGCGAUAAUUGGUCUAGAGAUUCAUGCGCAAAUAUCCUCAAGGACGAAGUUAUUUUCUUCGUCUUCUACUUCGUUCAACGAACCCGUUAAUACAAAUAUCUCUGUGAUUGACGCUGCCUUUCCGGGAACCAUACCGAGAUUAAAUUCUAAAUGCGUUGAUCUCGCGGUAGCAACGUCUUUGGUACUAUCAGGAGAUGUUCAAUUGAUUUCUUCGUUCGACCGAAAACAGUAUUUUUAUCCUGAUUUACCAGCAGGCUACCAAAUCACUCAACAUUAUGCUCCGCUCUCUAUCGGUGGCAAACUUAUUUUAACCCAUUUGGAUGAUGAUGAUGUUGACCAUGAAAUUGAGGUGCGGAUCAAACAGAUUCAGCUUGAGCAGGACACUGGGAAAAGUAUUCACGAUGUGAGGCCCGGGAUGGCCCUGAUAGAUUUAAACAGAGCCGGAGUCGGAUUAAUGGAAAUUGUGACUGAACCUGAUAUAAGGACACCAAAAGAAGCAGGUUUGACUCUUCGAAAGUUACAAUCCAUACUUCGCGCUGUUGGAUCCUCAGACGGUAACAUGGAAGAGGGGUCUUUACGCUGCGACGCUAAUGUCUCCAUACAUGAACCCGGAACACCUUUCGGUACAAGAUGUGAAAUCAAAAAUUUGAAUAGCGUCAAAUUUCUGAUGGGUGCCAUAGAUGCAGAAAUCGAACGACAAGCAAAUGAAUUAAGAAACGGAAACCGCGUCAUCCAAGAAACAAGAGGAUACAAUGUUGCAGAGAAUAAGACGUUUAGAUUGAGAACAAAAGAAACGGCUAUCGAUUAUAGAUACAUGCCAGAACCAGAUUUACCACCUCUGAUAAUAACAAAAGCGUAUGAACGUAAAAUAAGAUUGAUGAAAAAUUACAAGAUUUCUUUACAAGAUGUCAAGACAUUGAUGGGUGAAGAUGGUGGAGUUGAAUAUUACGAAGAGGUCGCGAAAAACCAUAACCCGCUACUCGCUUCAAAUUGGAUCACUCACGAAUUAUACGGCCUUCUGCAUAGUAAAAAUAUCAAAUUUUCCAAGAAUCCCGUGUCAACCGCUCAACUAGGUUCAAUAAUUGAGUGCAUUAGAAUUGGGGAUAUCUCUGGAAAGAUAGGAAAACUAGUUUUAGGACAGAUGGUUUCCGGGGACAAGCGCCUGGCCCCCGAAAUCAUUGAAGAAAAAGACUGGAAGCAAAUAACUGAUGUUAACGCGUUAGAAGCAAUUUGUAAAGAAAUUCUAUCGCAAAAUCCGGAGAAU